AUGGCCGAGCCCCUCUCCAAUGGCGCCGUCUACCAGUCGGUUCCUGAGUCCUACGUGCUCCCGGAGCACAAGAGGCCCGGGAGAUCGCCGCCGUCUUCCGCAGCGGCGAUACCUGUAGUCGACCUCGGCGGCGAUGACCCCGACAGGAUGGCGGAGCAGAUCGUCGCCGCCGGGAGAGAGUUUGGUUUCUUCCAGGUGAUCAACCACGGCGUGCCGGAGGACGUGAUGGGCGCCAUGAUGAGGGCGGCGGAGGAGUUCUUCAAGCUCCCGACGGAGGAGAAGAUGGUGCACUACUCCACCGACAGCACGAAGCUGCCGCGGUUCCACACGAGCGUCGGCAAGGAGCAGGAGCAGCUCCUGUACUGGAGGGACUGCCUGAAAAUCGGCUGCUACCCGUUCGAGGAGUUCAGGCACCAGUGGCCCGAGAAGCCAGCCGGGCUCGCGGCGGCGCUGGAGCCGUACACGGCGGCGGUCAGGGGCGUGGCGCUGCGCGUGCUGCGGCUCGCCGCGUCGGGGAUGGGGCUCGCCGACGAGGCGCACUUCGAGGCCGGCGGGGAGCUCACCGCGGGGCCGGUGAUCAUGAACGUGAACCACUACGUGGCGUGCCCGGACCCGAGCCUCACGCUGGGCAUCGCGCCGCACUGCGACCCCAACGUCGUCACCGUCCUCAUGGACAACGGCGUCCGCGGCCUGUAG